AUGUCUCCCAUCAACCAGCUCAUCCUCCUCCUCGCCGCAUCUGUGACGCCGGCCUUGGGUUUCUGUGGUGGACACACCCAUCUCGACAGAAGGGAUGAGGGCGAGGUGCCCGAGUUUGGCUAUUUCGGGACUAAAGGGCCGCUCCUCUGGAACAAGCUGGCCACCGCCAACGCGGUAUGCUCGACAGGCACCAGACAGUCACCCAUCAACAUGGUGCCCGAAGUGUUCAAGCUCAUAGACGCUAAAGACAUCAAAUUGACUCUCCCUGGGAACGUGGAUGAUGCUAUGUUCGAGAACCUUGGUACAACCGUCGAGGUGGUCAUGAAAGACAAGAAAGGAACCAUCACCCUCGACAAGGUCGACUAUACGCUGAAGCAGUUCCAUUUCCACCACCCGAGCGAGCACGUGGACAACGGAGUCAGCCUGCCGAUGGAGAUGCACAUGGUGUUCACGACGGAAGAGGCCCAGGUGGCCGUCAUCGGCGUCUAUGUGGACAUCAUCGACACGUCCUCCAUCAUGCGCCUUGCGCGCAGGGCCAGGCCAUCGAAAAUGCUCGAGACGAUCUUCGCUUCCGUGGAAGAUAUCGCAAAGGCCGACAGCGAGACGGAGCUGCCGAAGUUGAACAUGUCGGAGCUCAGCAAGCUCCUCCUGGCGGGCAAGUUCCAGAGCUAUCCGGGCUCCCUCACGACGCCGCCGUGCUCCGAGGGUGUCUCGUGGCUCGUCUCGACGCAGAAGCUGAUGCUUUCGCAAAAGACGUUUGUCAAGGUCCGCGACGUCAUCGGCUUCAACUCGCGCUACCCGCAGAAUACCCCUGGGGAGGCGAACUUGCUGUCGAUGGUGACUGCAUAG